AUGGAGAGCAGUGUAGUGCACAUCUUCAAAGAGGACCGGUGUCCCUCGGGCCAGCCGGGGGAGUGCAUCCCAAACUUCACCUGGCAACCUUCGGACAUCAUUAACUACACUGCCAACGGCACCUGGGAUGCUGAACCCGAACCAAUGUCGCCCAUCAUCCCAAUCAUAGUCGCCGUCUACUCGGUAGUGUUCGUGGUGGGCUUGGUGGGCAAUUGUUUGGUGAUGUAUGUCAUUAUAAGAUACACAAAAAUGAAAACAGCCACCAACAUCUACAUCUUUAACCUGGCCGUGGCCGACGCCCUGGUCACCACCACCAUGCCCUUCCAGAGUACCGACUACCUGCUCAGCUCCUGGCCGUUUGGCGAGGUCGCGUGCAAAGUUUUCAUCUCCAUCGAUUACUAUAACAUGUUCACUAGCAUCUUCACCUUGACCAUGAUGAGCGUGGACCGCUAUGUUGCCGUGUGUCACCCUGUUAAGGCCUUGGAUUUCCGGACGCCCGUCAAGGCCAAGAUCAUCAAUGUGAUCAUCUGGGUGCUGUCUUCGGCUGCUGGGAUCCCUGCCAUGAUACUGGGCAGCACCAAUACUAAUAACGGAACUACAGAAUGUGCUUUACAGUUCCCUGAGCCCUACUCCUACUGGGACACAUUGAUGAAGAUCUGUGUCUUCAUCUUUGCUUUUGUGGCACCUGUCAUCAUCAUAACUGUCUGCUACACCCUAAUGGUCAUGCGGCUCAAGAGCGUCCGGCUGCUGUCAGGCUCACGUGAAAAGGACCGCAACCUGCGCCGGAUCACUCGUCUGGUGCUGGUGGUGGUUGCCGUCUUUGUGGUGUGCUGGACGCCCAUCCACAUCUUCAUCCUGGUCAAGGCGCUGUCAACCAAUGUGCCCGAGACGACCGCUGUCAUGGCUGCCUACUUCUUCUGUGUGGCGCUGGGCUACACCAACAGCAGCCUUAACCCCAUCCUCUAUGCUUUCCUGGAUGAGAACUUCAAGAGGUGCUUCAGAGACUUUUGCUGUCCUGGAGCACAAGGACAAAGUGACUGUCAGGGAGUGAGCCGCGUGAGAAGCACCCUGCGUGAUCACUCAUGCCCCACAGAAGCUCGUCGGGGUGUGAAGCAGGCCAGGCCCGUAUGACUAGCCAUGGACAUGUCCUCUAUGCCCUAUCAGAGCUGGGAGGACUCCAGUGAGCUGGGCUUAACUCAAAUCACCACUGCUAUCUGAAAUAAAAGCCAGAGGUAGAGAUUGAUUUUAGUCUGCAUC